CCAGUACCGUCAAGCUCUAGCUGGACCUCCCUCCGUACCCUGUUCGGUAUCUCGCCAGUUUCAAAACUCCGCUCCGUGCUAGGAGCUGGUUCCGAGCCACUCCGUAGGAUUACACUGCCGCUCCAUCCGCUCCGGGAGUCGCGGCCGCGGAGCGGAGUGGAUCCGAACAGGGCUGCACUGCCACUCCGUUCCAGUUAGCAGGGAAAAAGGGAGGACCUCAAGUUACGGCAGCGGCCAUCCUACAUAAGCCAAGACUAAGCGCCAGCCCAUGUAUAUCUGUUAUUAAUUGUUUCCUUUCCCGGGUGUAUAUGUAUUUCCUGCUGAGUUGAGGCCAAUUUUUAAGAUGGGGUAUCGAACCCAGUCUUCUUAGGAGUUUCAGAACAACAUGCAGAACGAGUUACAGCAUACGAGUGCAACGCCAAUGGAUUUUACAUUCCAGUUGUUACAACGCAUUACAAACAACUUCUCCAAGGAUCGCAUAAUUGGUUAUGGCGGGUACGGAGUAGUUUACAAGGGAGUACUCGACAAUGGGGAAGAGAUUGCCGUGAAGAAGCUUUAUUUUAAGCAUCCAGAACUUGAUGACGACAAGCAAUUUGCAAAUGAGUGUACUAACCUUAUGAUGGUCCAACAUCAAAAUAUUGUGCGCUUAGUUGGCUACUGCUAUGAAAUAGCACAUAAAGCCGUGGAGCACAAUGGAAGAUAUGUUUUAGCUAGCGUGGAAGAUAGAGCACUCUGCUUUGAAUACUUGCAGGGAGGAAGCCUUGACAAACAUCUUUCUGGUGAAUCAUGCGGGCUUGGUUGGCGCACACGUUACAAAAUAAUUAAGGGAAUAUGCGAGGGAUUACAUUACCUUCAUAAUGGUUCCAAAGAUCCUAUAUACCAUCUGGACUUGAAACCUGCGAACAUAUUGUUGGAUAAGAACAUGACACCAAAAAUAGGAGAUUUUGGGUUGUCGAGACUCUUCGAUUCAACACAAACCUAUACCACAAAAGCAAUUAGAGGAACACCUGGAUACAUGCCACCAGAAUACAUCGACAGAUUCAAAAUCACACAAAAGUUUGACGUCUUCAGUUUGGGCGUUAUCAUCAUACAAGUAAUGGCAGGACGUGAGGGCUACUCCCAGUGUGGAGAUAUGUCUUCCCAAGAGUUUAUUGAUGUUGUACAUGGCAACUGGUUGAAAACACUGCAGGCAACAAUGUCAUUGCAUGCAGAACUUGAAGUUAUGACCUGCAUUGAAAUAGCAUUAAGAUGUGUGGAGGCCGACAGAGUGAAAAGGCCUACUAUAGCCGAGAUUGUCGAUGAACUUAAUAAGAUUGAUAUUGCAAAAAGGUCACUUGUUGACCAGGUCAACUUAGAAAGCAAGAAGGUGUCCAACCAAUACGCGAGUUCAGGUGCUGCUGAUGCAGAGUCUGCCUUGAGUGCCGUUUACAAUCCUAGAAUCAAGCAUGGGGACGAAGGUACAAGUACAGGGAAGGAAGAGAAAGAACGCAGGACUCUAGACCACAAGGUCCAGGAGGAAGAAGACCCAGCUGAAUGCUACAGAACUCAAGAUCCUGGUCCGCGAUCUGGUGGGACACUUGACAAGCUCCUCUCUGCGUUGGCUAAGAUGUGGCCCACCUUGAAAGCCGCCUCUGAGGUCCCCGCAAAAAGAAAGGUAGUCGCCUCUGAGGGCUGCGACGGCCUCCUCUGGUGGCAGGAACUUGUGCCCUGCCAAGCCGGAGACGUUUCUGUCUCCGUUGUGCAGGCCAACUUUUUCCUCGAGGACCAGUGGUGCAUUGAGUCGGCCUCACCCCUCGGCACUGUUAUUGGUGUCUUCGACGGCCACGGCGGCCCUGAAACCGCUCGCUUUGUGUGUGACCAGCUCCUCCCAAACCUUCAAGAGGCCAUGUCUAGUCCACUGGCCGUGACAGCCGAUGCCAUCGGGAAGGCAUUCCUGGCCAUGGAGGAAGGAUUCAUUGCGCUUGUGUCGAGCCAAUGGGAAACCAAGCCAAGCCUUGCGGCCGUUGGGACGUGCUGCCUCGUCGGUGUCGUGCAUCAGGGGACUCUUUUUGUCGCCAACCUCGGGGACUCCCGGGCUGUUCUUGGGAAGGUCGGCCAUGACAGGCGGAUUAUCGCUGAGCAGCUGUCCAGUGAGCACAAAGUCAGUGAUGAGGGUGUCAGAAAAGAGCUCAUGGCUCUGCACCCCGAUGAUCCGGAUAUUGUAGUGCUUAAGCAUAAUGUCUGGAGAGUGAAGGGCAUCUUACAGAUGUCAAGAUCAAUAGGUGACGCAUACCUGAAGCACCAGCAGUUCAACAGGGAACCACUCCCUGCGAAGUUCAGACUUCGCGAACCAUUCAGCCGCCCAAUAUUGAGUGCCGACCCAUCUAUCAUCUCACGCAGUCUUCAGCCAAGUGAUCGUUUCAUCAUAUUUGCCUCCGAUGGUCUGUGGGAACUCUUGAGUAAUGAGAAGGCCGUCGAGAUUGUUCACAAACAUAAGCGGACUGGAAUUGCAAGAAGGUUGAUAGAAGCAGCUAUGGUUGGAGCGGCGUCGAAAUGGGAGAUGCGUUACUCAGACCUCAAGAAGAUUGACCGUGGGGUUCGCAGGCAUUUCCACGAUGAUAUUACGGUCGUCGUCUUAUUUAUAGAUCAUGGCAUGUUAGUGAAAGACCACGCGCAAGGACAUCGGGCAGUUUCCAUUAGAAGUACUCCUACCUGACAAGAAUAAUCACAACUUUGAUGCUCUCUUUGUUUUAGCGGGGAACCAACUUCGGUACUCACUGGCUUUCUCUUUUCAGUGCGGUCAUUGCCAGUCUUAAUUGAGAAAGAUAUUGCUAUUC